UUCUGUGGUAUUGUUUGUUAAUCAGUGAUUGAGUUUUUAGGUUGUAAAAUACGCUAAAAUACGUAAAAUACUAUGCCUGCUUACGAGCUGGCUAUCAUGUUACGGGCUAUGCCAAAAAAUGAACUUAAAUCUAGUCUUCGACGCAUAUCUCAAGCAAUAUUUGAUCGUGGAGGUAUUAUUAGAAAUAUUGAGAACUUGGGGUUUAGACCCACACCGUAUAAAACCAGUGCUCAUGGAUUAGUACAUAGAGAAGCAAAUUAUUUUAUAAUUAAGGUAGAUACAGCGUCGCAAGCUGUUGCAGAUUUAAAAGAAGAAUAUAGUCGUGAUGUUGAUAUAAUACGCCAGCGUGUAUUUAAAGCUCCAACUGAUAUUCAGGAUUCUUGCACUUUAGAAGAUGAACUACUGCCUCCGGCUUAUCGUAAAGAUGUUCAGAAGAUGAUUGACAUUGGAAAAACCCAAGUUAAUCGUUUUACGUAUAAAUUCAAGUAUAAUUCAGGCCUUGACUAUUACCCUUUUCAGAGAUAAUCUGGUAAAAAUCUAUUUAUUAUAUUGUUAGUAGUGUAUUAAUACUGAUCACCUGUGUACAUAGUGAAAAACCAUUAAGUAAAUAGACAUUAGAUUUUAAAUUAAAGCAAGUACCUAC